AAACAUAGGAAGCGGAAGCGAGACGGAGACGCUCAUUGGCUGCGAUAGAAUCCGAUCCGCAGCUCUCUAAACCAUUUCAUGUUUGAGUUUACUGUAGAUUAGUACCAUAGACAGUAUAUAAACAGCAGUACCAGUAGUACUGUGUAUACUGGCUGUAUUUCCUGGUGAGAUAGAGAUCUGCUAACGCUGCGCGCUGCUGUCCUCUAACCGUCAGUUUGUCACCAGGUUUCCUGCCAAAGUCACAUUCACAUUCACAGUCGGUCCCGUUUGUUAUUAUUAUGGCGUUUCCUAAAAAAUGGAAGUAGUGUUGAGCCUUGUGUCGUUAACUGCCACCAAGGUUUUACAGUUCUCUGGACUUGUCGACAACGGGAAUGUCCUGAAGACUAAAAAGAUGGAAGAGAAAGCGUUAGAAGUGUACGACGUGAUUCGAUCGAUCCGGGACCCGGAGAAGCCCAACACCCUGGAGGAGCUGGACGUGGUGACGGAGAAAUGCGUGGAGGUCCGCGAGCUCGGAGAAGACGAGUACCUCAUCAUCAUCAAGUUCUCCCCGACGGUGCCUCACUGCUCCCUGGCCACGCUGAUCGGUCUGUGUUUACAAGUGAAGCUGCAGAGAUGUUUGCCAUUCAAACACAAGUUGGAAAUUUACAUUUCAGAAGGAACCCAUUCUACUGAAGAAGAUAUUAACAAGCAGAUCAACGAUAAGGAGCGAGUGGCGGCCGCCAUGGAGAACCCAAACCUGAGGGAGAUCGUGGAGCAGUGUGUCACCGAGCCCGACGACUGACCGGUGGGACACCUCGGGGCUACUGUGUGUGUGUGUGUGUGUGAGAGAGAGAGAGAGAGAGUCUGUGUGUGUGUAAGAGAGACUGUGUGUGUGUGUG